AUGGCCGUCAACUCUUCUGAUUUCUCAACCCCGCCUCUCCCUGCCGCUCCUCUUCCACUCUCAUCCACGAAGGAGAAUCUGACCCCCGUUGGCUCCAAAAUUGCGGAAUUGAAUGAAUCGAGGUCUGAGCUGCUUGGCAGAAUUCAAGGGUUGAAGCAGGAUUUGCAAAGUUGGAGGUCAAAAUUGGACACUCAAGUUAAGGUCUACCGCGAUGAGCUUUCGGAACUUAAGAAAUCACUCAACACUGAAGUGGAUCAGCUUCGAUCAGAAUUCCAAGAACUGAGGACCACUCUUCAGCAGCAGCAAGAAGAUGUUACUACUAGUCUUAGAAACUUGGGGCUGCAGGAUGUCUCAGGAGAUAAAAAAGAAGGCCAAGAGACCCAAGAUACUGUGGUUGAAGAAAAUGGUGACAAAAAAUCAAAUGUUUCAACUAAGGAGGUUGGGACUAAAGAAGCUGAAAGCUAG